AUGUCCUUCACCUCGCCCUUCGCCGCAUCGACCGCAAAGGCAGGAUACGGCACGAUUGAGCUCGCAGUCCUCCCGCCCGAUACGCCGGUCCUCCGCAAUGUUUCCUACCAGUAUCCCCUCAAGCUCGUUGCGCCCGAUCCUCUCCCUCCUCCCGAGCGGAAACCCAACAGCAAUGCCCCGCGCCUCGUACACACCGUCUUUCUUCUCACUUAUGGCGGGGGGAUUGUAGCUGGCGAUGCGAUCAAUCUUUCUGUGAGCCUGGAGGACAGAACGAGGCUGGUCCUCCUCACGCAGGGCUCGACCAAGAUCUUCAAGACGCCAGACCCGAUCUUGAUCUCAAGGCAGCACAUGGAAGUAAAGCUGGCCGCUGGUGCUGCACUGGUCUAUCUGCCUGAUCCUGUGCAGCCGUUUGCGCAGACGGCGUUCUCCCAGUCGCAGAUAUAUCAUGUAGAUGGUGAACAAAGCAGCCUGUGCGCCUGCGACUGGGUCACCAGCGGCCGGUCAGCUCGCGGAGAGAACUGGGAUAUACACGAGUACAAAAGCAGGAAUGAGGUGUGGACAAGCGAUCAGGCAGGGAAGAAAAGGUUGCUGCUACGAGACAAUCUGAUACUGGAUAAGCAUGGGCGGACUGGCAUGCAGCUCUCUGAACGAAUGGAUGGCUACUCGGUGUUUGGUACGCUCAUUCUUCGUGGGCCUGUGUUCGCAUCGUUGGCGCAAUACUUCAUGGACGAGUUUGAGGCUUUGCCACGCAUUGGUGGUAGAGACUGGGGAGAUUCGGCGCAGCUCGAAUUAUCACCAAAAGAGCAGCGCCGUGUGCAGAGACAGGCUCGAGAGAAGACAGACGGUCUAGAUUGGAGCGCAGCGAAUGUACGGGGUUUUGUCUUGGUCAAGUUCGCUAGCAGAGAGGUUGAAGGCUCGCGCAAUUUUCUGAGAGACAUGAUCACGGACGAGGGCUCGGUGGCUGCAUCCUUUGGCGAGAGAGCACUACUAUGCUUGAAGUAG